AUGGGUGGUGUUCCAUCUGAGCAGGCUGGCUAUCAAUCCUAUCCUCCUCCAUCAACCGCGCCGCCUCCCCAGCAGUAUCAGCAGCAUCAACCGCCGCCGCCGCAGCCAUAUCAAUAUCAGCAACCGAACGAACCCAAGUAUAACCAGCAACCUCCGACCUAUGGUCAGAACUUCACUCCACCUCGGGAUAAUAAGCAGACCUUUCAGGAAACUUUCAAGAUCCAAAAGCCCAAAUACAACGAUAUAUGGGCAGGUCUACUGUUCAUCGCAACCUUCCUUGGAUUUGUCGCGGUCUCAGGUCUCACGCUUUACCGGUAUUCCAGGUACCACUCGUUCAAUGGUGGAGGAAUAUAUGAUUCGAGGAAUGACUUCUCCUUGGACACAAACACUGUAGUCCUGUUCAUCUUCGUGAUAGCGGUCGGCUUCGUUGUGUCGUGGGCAUAUUUCCUAGCAUGCCGCGCCUUCACAAAGCAAUUCGUGUGGAUAACUGGAAUUCUCAACUGUGUCCUGGCAGUCGGAACAGCUGCCUAUUACUUGUAUCUUCGACUUUGGGCUGCUGGAAUAGUCUUUGCCAUCUUUGCCAUCUUCGCCAUCUUCUGCUUCAUCAGCUGGAUCCCCAGGAUCCCUUUCACUGUCGUCAUGAUGCAACAAACCAUGGACAUUGCUCGCAUGAAGAAAGUACAUGUCUUUCUCAUCAGUCUGAUCGGCGGCAUCAUCAGCGUCGCGUUAAGCGCUUGGUUCUCAAUCACCCUAGUCGCCGUCUAUGUUUCCUACAUGCCAGGCAACUCCGAUAGCAAUGCAAAUCCGGCCUGUGCAAGCGGCGGCUGUUCGAGCGGGAAAGUCAUCGGGAUAGUCGUGUUUGUGACGUUCGCUGGAUACUGGAUCUCAGAAUGGCUCAAAGCCACUAUCCAUACAACUGUUGCCGGCACAUAUGGAAGUUGGUAUUUCUGCGCGAGGAAACCGGGGGGCAUUCCCAGAGGUGCCACAGCCGGAGCUCUAAGGCGUGCGACAACCUACUCAUUUGGGUCCCUUUCACUCGGCAGCCUUCUGGUUGCAUUGAUCAACAUGCUUCGUCAAGCCUGCAGCAUUGCUCAACAACAAGAAUCUACAGACGGCAACAUCAUUGGCACCAUCAUGUUUUGUGUCCUGGGAUGCCUCAUCUCAAUGCUGCAAUGGUUAGUCGAAUUCAUUAACCGGUAUGCAUUCUGUCAUAUUGCACUCUAUGGAAAGGCAUACAUUGCUGCCGCAAAAGAUACGUGGAAGAUGAUGAAGGAUCGAGGUUUCGAUGCAAUGGCUACUGAUUGCUUGGUUGGUCCCGUCAUUUCGAUGGGUGCAUUGUUCGUUGCCUACCUCACUGCCUUACUGGCAUACCUGUAUCUGGAAUUCACCAAGCCGGCAUACAAUGAUGGCCGGACAUUCACACCAGUCAUUAUGGCGUUCGCCUUCCUGAUUGGCCUUCAAAUCUGCAAGGUGUUCAUGACGCCCGUUCUGUCAGGGGUCGAGACGAUCUUCGUCGCCAUGGCCUGGGAUCCUCAGGUCCUCAUGACUGAUCAUCCUGAAUUCUUUGAUCGAUUGGUGCAUGUGUAUCCUCGAGUUCAGCAAAUGAUCCAAACGGCCUAG